ACGUGGUGUGCGUGCUGUAACAACGUAGGCUGCACUCCCCCAUAGGCAAUUUCUGUAUCUCGUCCCAUUAAAUAGGAAGAGAAGUCCAACCAGUUUGGCAUUCUCACUGGAACAGAAGCAGGGUGGUCGUUUGGUUUUUAGUGAGAACACGAAAGGGUGGAUAAAGUAUUGGGUUUGUUUGUAGCGAACACAGAGAAUAUCCAUCCGAAUAGCUAGCUUGUUUGCUAAAAGCCAGCGCUAACACACACACAGUGGUCAAGAUGAACGGCGAGCUGAACGGUUUCCAUAACAACUCGCUCGUCGAAGACGACUGCUUCCUCUUCACGUCCGAAUCCGUUGGAGAAGGGCAUCCUGAUAAGAUCUGUGACCAAAUAAGCGAUGCUGUCUUGGAUGCACACCUCACACAAGACCCAGAUGCCAAAGUUGCAUGUGAGACGGUGGCUAAGACGGGGAUGAUCCUGCUGGCGGGGGAGAUCACCUCCAGGGCCGUGGUGGACUACCAGAAGGUUGUGCGAGAGACAAUCAAGCACAUCGGCUAUGACGACUCCUCCAAAGGCUUUGACUACAAGACCUGCAAUGUGCUUGUGGCUUUAGAGCAGCAGUCCUCUGACAUUGCUCAAGGCGUUCACCUCGAUCGCAAGGAGGAGGACGUGGGCGCCGGUGACCAGGGUUUGAUGUUUGGGUACGCCACGGACGAAACAGACGAAUGCAUGCCUCUCACUAUUGUGGUGGCCCACAAGCUCAACGCCAAGAUGGCCGAAUUACGCCGCAAUGGAACCCUGCCGUGGCUCCGUCCAGACUCCAAAACUCAGGUGACUGUCCAGUAUAAACAGGACCGGGGUGCCGUGGUGCCGCUGCGUGUCCACACCAUCGUGAUCUCAGUGCAGCAUGAUGAACACGUGGGCCUGGAGGAGAUGCGUCACAGUCUGAAGGAGCAGGUGGUGAAGGCCGUGGUGCCCGCCGGGUACCUGGACGACGACACAAUCUAUCAUCUGCAACCCAGUGGACGUUUUGUCAUUGGCGGGCCGCAGGGUGAUGCCGGUCUGACCGGCCGCAAGAUCAUCGUGGACACCUACGGCGGCUGGGGGGCCCACGGAGGUGGCGCAUUCUCAGGCAAGGACUACACCAAGGUGGACCGCUCUGCCGCCUACGCCGCGCGCUGGGUGGCCAAGUCUCUGGUGAAAGCGAGACUGUGCAGGCGCGUUCUGGUCCAGGUUUCCUACGCCAUCGGUGUGGCCCAUCCUUUGUCGGUCUCCAUCUUCCACUACGGGACGUCCCAGAAGAAUGAGGGCGAGCUGCUAGACAUUGUGAGGAAGAAUUUUGACCUACGUCCAGGAGUCAUCGUGAGGGAGCUGGACCUAAAGAAGCCCAUCUACCAGCGCACGGCAGCCUACGGGCACUUCGGCCGUGACGUCUUUACAUGGGAAGUCCCCAAGACGCUCAAAUACUAACCUACCCACCCUCAGUCCCUUCCAAAGAGUCCUGUGUGUUCAUCACUCCUUUCUUUUUCUCUGCACAAACAGCCACAUCACUGCCACCUCCGCUGAAUGUAAAAAAAAAAAAGUCCUCUCUUGAAAGAUAAGCACUCUUGCAUCGACAUACAUACUGGCGGCCACUUUCCUUCCUUCCGUGCUGUCCCUUCAUGCCGUUUUCUGACGUUUUACAGAGAAGUCAGAAGCUGCUAAUUACCUUUUUGGCUUUGUUGGGCUGUACGUUUAACAAAACAAAACUUAAAAAUUCAAUUUUGUCGCUUUAAAUGUCACAGCCAGCGUUCCAAGCGAGGUGAUUUUAAGUGUUCUCGAUCCUGGGUGUCAUUACAGAGUAGCCCAGCCUCCUCAUACUUGAUAAUACCCUGUGGGACCUAAAUAAUUAAAAACAUCGUAAUCCUGUAACAGCUGUUUUUCUUUGAACAGUUAGAUUUGCACUCAAGUCGUCUAAUUUGCUGCACGCUGCGCACACUUUGCUCCUGAUUAAAUGUGACCUUCACUGCGAAUUGUCAAACCACGCUACAGUUAAAGCAUUUCCAUUAUUUAUUCGUUAUUUAUUCCACUAAACCAAGGAUCAUGCACCCUCCCCAUCGCCAAAGUUUGCGACGUCGUAGCGAGAAGACACCUACAGGUUCCCGCCUUGAAUAGGCUUGACAAUGUUGUCUCUGACGCCACCCUGUGGUUCUGUGAGUGUACUACAGAGAAACUCGACGAGAGCCACACAUGGGUGCGCUUGAUUUAAAGAUCAGGUUAAAAAUCAGGACUUUCCAAAGAUUGUUUGUUGAUGACAUGUUUACAUCCAUUAUAGAAGGAAGACCCUAAUUGGCUGGUGUUGUACAGAGAAACCAGCCUGUUUACACGGUCGCUCUUGUUUAAUUAUUGUCAAAGAUGUUGCUGAUGCUGUAAAAGUGCCUUCCCCCCCCCCACUUCAUUCUCUGCAUUUCCUCCCUCCCAGAGACCCCCUCUCCCACUCCAAUGUGUGCCCCCCCGUUCACUGUUUUCAUACUCUGAAGUCUAAUCUGCUGUUGCGCUUCUCUGUCAAAAUCC